CCGCCGCGAAGAGCGAGGCCGGAGGGGCACCGCCCACCUCCCCGGCCCGGGCGCGGCCCCGCCUCCUCUCGGCGUUUCCGGCUGGCCGCGCACGCAGCCGGCAGGCCGUAGGGUCACACGCGUCCUUCUCCUGAACGAGCCAGCACGCGGCCCUAGGUGACCGGAAGCAGCAGGGAGCCAAGAAGGCGACAUAAAACAAGCGCAUGACCGUCGUGAGACUCUGGAAUUCCAAGGCCAAGUCUGUACCUCUUGCGGUGAUGGUUUGAACUACCCACUAUUUUUGCUUACAUCAGCCUCGGAAGAGAACAGUCACCACGGUCAUGGCAGGGAUUUUGCGCUCAAUAGUUCAGAGGCCCCCAGGAAGACUCCAAACUGUGACAAAAGGUAUGGAGUCUCUUAUUUGCACGGAUUGGAUUCGUCACAAAUUUACCAAGUCAAGAAUUCCAGAUAAAGUAUUUCAGCCUUCACCUGCAGAUCAUGAAAAAUAUGGUGGGGAUCCACAGCACCCUCAUAAACUGCAUAUUGUUACCAGAAUAAAAAGUAUAAAAAGACGUCCAUAUUGGGAAAAAGAUACAAUAAAGAUGCUUGGAUUAGAAAAAGCACAUACUCCCCAAGUUCACAAGAAUAUCCCUUCAGUGAAUGCAAAACUGAAAGUGGUUAAACAUUUGAUAAGGAUCAAGCCCCUGAAGUUGCCCCAAGGACUUCCAUCAGAGGAGGACAUGUCUAACACGUGUCUCAAGAGCACUGGGGAAUUAGUGGUGCGGUGGCGUCUAAACCCCAUAGAUCAGGAAGCAGUUAAGUCCUAAGGCCAGAGCAGUUUCAUAUUAAAAAAUGUAAAUCGUUUUUAUUUAAAGGUAGUGAGAAAGUAUUCCCAUUAAAAUAUAUUUUAAAUGCUAGUCCUUU